GAUACAAUUUUAAUGCCUGUUAAUUGUCCUAAAAUCGGGUAAAGUCAAUUGAAGGUGGAAAGCCUCCACAUAACUGUAAACACGCUUGGCUCUCACAUGCCACAUGCGCAACAAUUUGAAGUAGGUUUCGAAUCGAAUUGUCAAAUAUUACACGUCGUCCAAUUUUAAUAAAUAAGAGGAAAUGGGGCAAAAAUUCCAAUAUGAUGAAAGUGGUUCGACGUUUUUCUACUUCUUACUAUCAUUUUUAGCCUUAAUCUUAAUCCCAGCGACGAUAUACUACUGGCCGAGAGAAAAAAAGAGAGACCCCGAGGAAGAGAGUAAAAAAUGCCACUGCCCCCCAUGUAUCAAGAAAAGGGAGUUCCAAAAGAACGCGGAUCCUUGGAAGGGCCCCAAGAAUUUUUUAAUAAAGCUAGUGAUAAUAAUUGGGUGGUUGCUACUACUGCUGUUAGCGUACAAAGUAUCUCAGUUUGAUUAUGAAAUGGCAAACUUUGACCCUUAUGAAAUACUGGGGAUCCCCCUUGGGGCGAGCCAAGCCGAGAUCAAGAAAGCCUACAGGAGACUCUCUCUCAUCCUUCAUCCUGACAAAGAUACCGGCAAUGAGAAAGAAUUCAUGAAGUUGUCGAAAGCCUACCAGGCGUUAACUGACGAUGAAGCGAGAAAAAACUGGGAGAAAUACGGAAAUCCGGACGGUCCCGGAGCCAUGAGUUUUGGGAUAGCGCUCCCGUCGUGGAUUGUGGAGAAGGAGAACAGCGUGUGGGUGCUGGGGCUGUAUGGGCUUGUCUUCAUGGUGGCGCUUCCAAUAGUGGUCGGGACGUGGUGGUACAGAAGCAUAAAAUUCACCGACCAAGUCUUGCUAGACACAACCCAGAUGUACUACUACUUUUUCCAUAAAACUCCCAACAUGGUGCUCAAGCGUGUAAUUAUGAUCCUAGCCGCUAGUUUAGAGUUUAACAAAAAACACAAUUCGGAGAUAAAAGAGCGAGAUUUGGACAACGAGGAGGUGCCCCAACUCAUCAAAAAAUUGCCAAAUCUGAGUGAAAAGAAUAAAGAAGCGCCCUUGUGUUACACUUAUAGUAUUAAGGCUCGUGCUAUCAUUCAUGCUCACCUGUCCCGCAUACCUCUAAACCCCAACACUUUAGAGGAAGACAGGCGUUAUAUCAUUGCAAAAUGCCCAACUCUAAUCCAGGAACAGGUCAACUGUGUCAAUCAACUCAUAGUAUUGGCGUAUAAUCGCAGAAUACAAAGAUUACCUACAAUUGAGACAAUAGAAAACUGUAUGAAACUGUGCCCAAUGAUCGUCCAAGGCUUGUGGGAAUUUAAGUCGCCUUUACUUCAACUACCUUACAUUAAUGAAGACAACUUGAAGUAUUUUAUGAAUAAGAAGAAGCCCAUCAGGUCUCUACAACAGUUUGCCCAACUAAAAGGGGACGAAAGGAGGAAUAUUUUGCGAAAUUUCAGCGAGCAGGAGUAUGACAAUGUGAUGAAAGUUUUGGGAAACAUGCCUUACAUUGACUUCCAAGUCAAAUACGAAGUUAUGGAUGAUGAGAACCCCACUGAAGUGACCGUUGGGGCGAUCGUGACCGUCAUAGUGACCCUAACCCGCAAGCCAAUGAGCACCUUGUUUGGUGACGAAACUGUGAAAGACAACAACCUGAUCAACGAAAACGGCGUUGACGGUGACGCUAAAGAAGCAGCUGCUGGUGACACUGAUCCUCAAGUCCCGGUAAUAAAACGUCCAGCUUGGCUGAAGCAAAAACGAGGCGGUGGAAAAAAGAACAAAAAACCUGUCAAACAACCGAAAGCCACCGCCGCAGUGGUUAAACCCAAAGCGGACGAGUCUCCAGUCCCAUCGUCCGACAAGAAGAAAGUCAAGGAAGAGAAAAGUAAAGAAGAAGAAAGCGAAGAGUCGGAUGUGAGCGACGCUGAAACGAACGACAAGUCGUCAGAGGAUGACAGUGUCCAGAAGUCGCAGAAUGAGGAUGAUGAUCAAGAGUGGGAGAAGUUCAAGAAGUUGCAUGAGAGGGAGAAGGCGUUGCAAGGCAAAUCAAAGACUUCGCAUCCAGUGCAUAGUCCUUACUUUCCUAACGACAAGCAGGAGUAUUGGUGGACGUAUAUUUGCGAUAGGAAGUCAAGGACGCUCUUAACAGUGCCUCAUUAUGUCACCAGUUUAAUAGACCAGGAAGUUGUACACUUAAAAUUCACAGCUCCAAACUGGGUAGGAGUUUACACUUUCACCGUGUGUCUGAGGUCGGAUUCGUAUAUAGGGUUUGAUCAGCAGAAAGAUAUCAAAUUAGAUGUGAAAGCUGCGCCUGCUGAAAUCACAGAGCACCCGCAAUGGGAGGAUCUGGAGGAGGAGGAGGGGUCGGCUAAGGAGGACGCCCACGAGUCGGAGUAUACAACAGAUGAAGACCUUUCAGAGGAUGACGACUGAUUUUUACAAUGUAAUCAAAGAAAGACUUAGAGAUAGCAUUUAUGUAGUAAAAUAUUAAUUCUGGUCAUCUCUCUUUAACUGGAUUCGACAUUAUUUUCAAUGUUAAGGUUUUGGGCUGUAUUUAUAUUUGUACCAUAAAGUGAAAUAUUUACUUUG